AUGAACUUUGAGGAUGUGGCCAUCACUUUCUCUGAUGAGGAGUGGGGGCUCCUUGAUGAGGAUCAGAGACUCCUGUACUGCAAGAUGAUGGUAGAAGCUUUUGCACUGGUCUCAUCAGUAGCCAGACCAAGGGCUGUACUUGUUUUUUCCAUUGUCCUGUCAAAUGUGCUGUGUAUUAGAGUGCUCAAUAAUUUGGAGAGACCUUAUCAAAGGACUGCAUGAAUAUCCCUCACACUCAUUGAGUCAAAUAGGGCAGGAAGUGUUGUUGUCAUAAAACGCAUGAUGCGGAGGAGAGUGUACCUGUACUCGCAGAGUCACAGGUCAGUGCUUCUCAGACAGCUCCAGCAACCCAGAGGACCCAUCUCUGCAGGAGGUGUUUCAGUGUUCAAAGCUAUUCUGCACCUGACUGAGUCACAAGCAGCAGACUUAGAGCAGAAAGCCUUCUUCAGGGCCACAUGUGUGAGAGACUUCUGUUUCAGUGCAAACCCUCAGGAGCCUCAGAGGGAAGCCAGUGGAGAGAAGCCCUGGAGAAAAGCUGUGGACAGAGACUCAUUUGUGACCAGGUUCAGUUUAUACUUAUCAGGGCUGCCUUCAACCAGAAGGGAGGCUGUGGAAGACUUCCCAGCCAUCUCACAGUUUCUCCACAAGCAGGCCCCUCUUGACACUGAGCAACCACACAGUCAUACUGAGAUUUCAGAGGAAUUUCUCAAUAGAAAAAGGCAUCACCAUUGGGAUGAUUGUAAAAAACCUUCCAGCCACAACCAGAACCUUAUGCAACAUCAGGGCAUCGGCUCUGGAGAAGUCAAUGAUAAGUGUAAUACAUGUGGGAAAGCAUUUUCAUUUAUAUUUAACCACAAUAGACAUAGAAGAGUUCACACUGGAGAAAAGUCCAAUCAGUGUACUGACUGUGGGAAGCUGUUCAAUCAAAGGUCUUCCCUCUCUACACAUUACAGAGUUCACACUGAAGAAAAACAUUACAAAUGUAGCGAAUGUGGAAAAUCAUUUAAGCGCAAUUGUGACCUCUUUAGACACAAGAAAAUUCACACUGGAGAAAAAUCUUACAAAUGUAGUGAAUGUGGAAAAUCAUUUAGGAGCAAUUAUAACCUUUUUAGAUACAAGAGAGUUCACACUGGAGAAAAACCUUAUGAGUGUAGUGAAUGUGGGAAAUCUUUUAGGCAGAAAUGUCACCUCCUUUUCCAUCAGAGAGUUCACACUGGAGAAAAGCCAUAUCAAUGUAGUGAUUGUGGGAAGUGCUUCCAUAUGAACUCUAGCCUCAUUAAACACUACAGAAUUCACACUGGAGAAAAACCUUACAAAUGUAGUGAAUGUGGAAAUUCAUUUAAGUCCAAUCAUGACCUCUUUAUACACAAGAGAAGUUCACACUGGAGAAAAGCCAUAUGAGUGUAGUGAAUGUGGGAAGUCCUUCAGCAAAAGCUAUAGUCUCAUUCGACACCACAGAGUUCACACUGGAAAAGGGUCUCAUCAUAGCAGUGAAUGUGGGAAAUCUUUUCACUACAAAUGUUUACUUGUCCAACACUUAAGAGAACACACUUCAGAAAAGCUUUAAAUGUGCAGGGUAUGUUUUACUUUCUCAUGUAGAACACCACCACCAGAGGAGAAACUUUUAUCCCCAUUUACUUGAAUGCAAACCCCUUAAUCAGAACAUACACUCUGCCAGAUGCCUCCUAAGUUUCAGGUAUAAAUAACACUUUCAGGAACUUCAUCGUACU